AUGCUCCACCUCCUAAGAAAGUCGAAUCGCAAAAUGUAUUCGAUGAUGACACCGGUUUUCCGGUGCCUGCACAUCAAUUCGUAUCGCAGGAACAAUUCGUUAACGACAAUACUUCAACGAGGACUUUAAAGCAAUGUGCAGAAGGAAGAGAAUGUAUUUCGCGGAUAAUGUAAGAGUGGCGCCUUUAUAUUUAAGAAGACAAGCAGCUAUGUUGAUUCAGAAGGUUUACAGGAGAUAUAUGCAACUAAAGAGACAGCGUGUGGUCGAUACGAAGAGAGAUCUGUUAUUGGGUCUUAUACCAGAUCCAUUCAGAAAGGGAUUAAAUUAUGAAGAAGAAAAUAAUAAGAUGUAUUUAAGAAAGAGAAACAUACGCACAAAGCUGAAGGAGACCUAUAAAACGGCAUUUGAAAAGGAGAACACAAGACUUGUGGUUAUGAAAAAGGAUGACCAAAUUGAUGAUAUAACAGACCAUGUCAGGACCUGGUUUAGAGAAUGGUUCUAUGGAUAUGGUUUCUUCCCAGAGUACCCUUACGAAAUUGAAGGUGGUACAGUAAUGGUGAUACGUGGUCUUUACCCAACGAUUCAAGAGAAGAAAGAAGAUGAUGAACGAUACCAAGCUAGUAUGAAAGGGAAGACAAAAGAAAUGUUAAAAGCUGAAGCGAAACAAGCUAAAUUAGAUGCCAUACAAAAGGAGUUGGCGGCUAAAGAGCAGAAGAAAAGAGAAGCAGAACAGCUGUUUCGUCUACGCUGUAACCCUCUCUCAGACCCUGGCUACCAGCCACAGAAAUCCCAAGUUAUGGGGGACAUUGUACAAGUUCUUCAGAAAUAUCAAGCAGCUUGGUCCAUAUAUGAUCAGUUCCCUCCUAACAAAUGUCCCGAAGCCUUCUUCGGCUAUAUGCAAGAGAUACUAACUGAGGAUGUAAUGGGUCAAAUUCAUUUAGACUGCAGGAAGUACGUGGAUGAGCUUAUGAGGUUAGAUCUGAAGUUACUCAUAAAGGCACACCAAGAAAUGUACAAAUCUGUUGGUUGGAAGUUUCCAAAAAUGCCCACAAGGAAGAAACCGAAGGCGCCACCAGUGCCAAAACCAUUGAAAAUCAAUGAUGGCGUUUUAGAAAGCUUUCACAAAAUAUUCGACCUUGGCCUUGUUUCAAAACCGACUAAUAAAAUAAAGGAAAUAAUUGGCGAUUUGAAUUUUUACGCCUAUGAUGUUAACAUACGGGAUCCAAAUGCCAAAUUUCCCCCACCAUCAUACGGUGAUAUACGUAGACGGCUGAUAUUAUCGUGUGUUUAUGGUUCUGGAAUCGAACCGGGAGCGACUAGAAAUAAAGCUGUAAUGCUAUUGGGACCACAACGUAACGGAAAAUCGUUUUUGGUAGAUACAGUUUGUGGAGAACUAAACGCAGUCAAAAUUGAUAUAACACCGGAGGUAUUUACUGCGCAUGUUGACAAACCGGCGAAGGCUUUGACGGAAGUGUUUUUGGCGGCGAAAGUUUUUCAACCGACUGUCAUAUAUAUGAGGAAUAUUGAACGGGUUUUUUGUAAAAAGGUAGCACCAGAAGACAAAUACCUACAAGCAAAAGCGAUGGCAGGUCCGCUUAGUAAAUUAAUCAAACAAAUGAUACCUGAAGACAAAGUUAUAUUUAUUGCUACAUGCUCUAGUCCUUUAAUCGCUCAAACAAAACCGAUGGUGACUCUAUUUAACGAAAUUAUUUUAGUACCUAGAACGGACUAUAAUAGUUUACGGACAUUUUUCUACGACCGGUUACAAAUGAUCCGAAGUAUGCCUCGUGACUACUGCGUGCAGGCGUUGGCUCAAGUGUUACAAGGAUAUGGGUUCGGGGUCAUAGUUGAAGUUUUUAAUAGAGUUCUAACUCCUGAGAGAAUCGUAAGAUUAAACGUAACUCCACUUACACCAGCGGAAUUCUUAGAUCCCAUCUUUCAAAUUGGAUUAGAAGCUACGACUAUGGAGGAAUAUCAAGAAUUCGUUGAUUUCUACAUAGCAAACUCACCAUUAUCUAUGGAGAGACCACAGUUUGAGAAAAUAAAUAGUAUAAGAGCCGUGCUUUACGAUAAAUUGGUAAAGAAAACGCAAUCGUAAAAGGUUUUUUAAUCAAUUAAAAAUGAAAUAUAAUAGUUAUUCUAUAGCUAUAUAUGUCUCAACCCGACCUUAGCACUGAUCAUUUAUUUGAUACAUUUAUAGUUAAACGCUAUCAAUUAAUUUUUUUACGCUCCAAUUACUAUUUUCUACGAAUGAACCACGACAAUUAUUAUACAGAAAACUAUAUUUAUAUUUGUGAUCUAAAUUGUGUGCUACAAUUAAAUAGAACGCACUUCACGAUACUUGACAAGCAUACGUCAAUACAAUAAUGCCUGUUAUUGACAGCUUCUCCAUACAAAUUGUUCAGAACACUAAAACUACAUCGUUGUUAAAAAACGUACAUCAAAGUUAAUAAAGUAUUUGUUACCAUGUUAUUUCUAUAAUUGUACUGUGAAGUAAUACAUUAUACUAAGUUUAAUCCACGCUUUAUAAGGCCUUGUAAUAUAUUCAUAAUUUAAUGAGGAUUUUGGUCUAUCUUUCCAUACUUGAGUCUGAUAUUAAUGUAAUCGUAAAGUGCGUACAUCUCGCCAUCAAACACGUCUAGUUUUCUAUAAAAACUGUUU